AUGAAUCUGAUCCUGAUCUCCGCCCUCUUCGGCUUUGCCGCCUCAGCUUUUGCUCCUGCCUACUCUGAGCAAUCCAACCGUCCUCAAGCUGCUUACGAGAAGAAUGCCAGGAUCAUAGCCUUGGACUCGGACGUCAAAGAAGACUCUUUCAGAUAUAAUUAUGAAACUGAAAAUGGUAUCAAAGGUGAAGAACAGGGACAGGAGGCCGAUGGCAUCCAAGCUCAAGGAGGUUUCCAAUACACCGGUGAUGAUGGUCAAAUCUACUCUGUCAGUUAUGCCGCUGGUGCUGGCGGCUUCCAACCCCAAGGAGCUCAUUUGCCGACCGCUCCUCCCACUCCCGAGGCCAUCCUAAAGGCUCUGGAACAAAACGCCAGAGACGAAGCAGCAGGCAUCAUCGAUGAUGGUCAAUACAAUCCAGGCAAAUACGGAGACGCCGCCGCCGCCGGUUUUGGUCAGCAGCAACAGUACAACGCUAGAGCACAGGCCUCUGCUGGUUUCAGACAGCCUUAUAAAUUCUAA